AUGAAUUCCGAGGCGGGCAACACCGGCCUCAUUGUAGCAGGCACCGCCGUCGCGACUGCUGUGUCGAUCUCACUCCUCCACAGCUACCUGUGGCCAACCCAGCCUAAGAUAGUCCGCUCGCCGCUUCGUAGCUUACUGCCCAAGCUCUCGCAAGACGACUUUGACAAGCUCGAGUACAAACCCGACAACUUCCCCGGCGCCCGGGAUGUUGAGACGCCGUAUGGCUCUAUCCGCGUGUACGAAUGGGGCCCCUUGACAGGGGAGAAAGUCCUUUUUGUCCACGGCAUCAGCACCUCAUGCAUAACCCUAACCAAACUCGCCCACGCCCUGGUUGAAGAAAGAGGGUGCCGCGUGAUGCUGUUCGACCUGUUCGGCCGCGGCUUUUCCGACAAUCCGUCUGACCUCCCGCACGACGACCGCCUCUAUGUCACCCAGAUUCUCAUCGCGCUCGCCUCAUCACCCGACCUUUCCUGGACCGGGCCUCAAGCCUUUAGACUAGUUGGCUACUCCCUCGGGGGUGGCAUAGCCGUUCACUUUGCGACCUCCUUCCCGCACCUGGUCUCCUCACUCGUCCUGCUCGCUCCGGCGGGCCUCAUCCGCGCCCAGUCCUUCGGCGCCCUCACCCGCGCAGUCUUCACCUCCGGCAUGGUCCCGCCGAGGCUCCUGCACUGGAUUACCCGCCACCGGCUCAAACGACCCAUCCGCUCUAGCGGCAAGCGCGGCAGCACCACCACCAACGACGACAACAAAAACAGCAACAGCAACAACAACAACAACAACAACAACAACAACAACAACAACAGCAGCAACAACAACCCAGAAUCCAGCACAACCAGCAAACCCGACCCAGUCACCGCCUCCCUGACCGAAACCACCCCGCUCCUCAACCCCGGCAAACACCAGCCCCCAAAUCCAGAACCGCGGAACGCCCUCGAGCAGCGCGUCCUCCGCACCGUCCACUGGCAGCUCUCGCACCACGCCGGCUUCGUGACGGCCUUCAUGUCAUGCAUCCAACACGCCCCGCUCGUCGGGCAACACGACGCGUGGGCCAAGCUAGCGGGCCGGGCGCCGGGGACGACGGCCGUCGUGCUGGGCCAAGGGGACGAGAUCAUCGACCCGGACGAGUACGCGGCCGACGCGUUACCGCUGGUGGGCGGGACGGAACGGGUGAGGUGGAGCGUCGUUCCGGGGGGCCACGACUUCCCCAUGACGUAUGCGAGGGAGACGCUGGGUGAGAUGUACAAGGCUUGGGGGUGGGAGUGA